GCCAGGUGCAAAAGGAAACUUUCUAUAGCAAUUUGUGGAUAUGAAGUUGAUGGAUGUGUCCUGGGUGCUGAAAGCUGUGUACCCUGAUCUGCAAGAUGGUCAUGUGUGUGUAGUAAAAACUCAUGAAACUUUAAACUAUGAUUUUAGACCUGUCUAUAUGUUAUACUUAAAUAAAAAAUUUACCUCUGCUUUCUUCCUCCCCCAAACUUGGGUGACAGUAAAUCUACUUCACUGGGCCUGUGUGAAUUGUUCUAGGUAGGUCAAAGGCUUCUGAAAGCUGAUGUAUGGUGGGUGGCAACGUCAGCUCUGCCUGUUAUGUUUUCCUCUUUCCUUCGUCCUCACCUUAUAUAGGGCACAUGGACCUUUUGCCAUGUGGACCAAGUGGCUCUCUUAUCAUCCUGGGGGUGAAAUAUAAGUAUAACCUUGUUUCUUCAAAAUGGAGCAUAUUUUUAUUCCCAACGCAGUUCUUAACAGUGACCUGAACAGCAGAGAUGACAUUCUUUGCUCUUAACUGUGAAGUUGGUGUUUUAGUCAGCUUUUUCACUGUGGUGAGUAAAGGACCCGACUAGAACAAUUGUAGAGGAAUAACAAUUUAUUUGGGGGCCAACAGUUUUAGUGGUCUCCAUCCAUAGAUAGUAGCUUCAUUCCUUGGGGCUCAAGGUGAAGCCGAACAUCAUGGCAGAAGAGUGUGGCAGAGGAACAGGGCUCACACAAAUAUCAGGAAGCAUAGAGCGUGCUCUCCACUUGCCAGAUACAGAUAUAUACCCCAAAGCCAUGAUGCCAGUGCCCCACCUCCUCCAGCCAUACCCCACCCGUUUUCAGUUACCACAGAGUUAAUCUCAUCAGGUGAUUAAUCCAUUGACUGAGUCAAGGUUCUCACAACCCAAUCAUUUCUCUGAACCUUCUUGCAUUGUCUCACCCAUGAGCUUUGGGGGAACACCUCCCAUCCAAGCCAUAAUAGUUGAUGAUGUCAACUUGUGAUGGACCUGCCUGUGGUUAAUGUAACUGUAGAGCCACUUACACCACUCACUCCCACUCAAACCUUAGCUUUCUAAAUGUCAGCUGUCAAUUGGGGCAGAUAAGCAGCUUGUCAAAUGGAGGUUGUAAGUUAAAUAUUUCUUGCAGAGAUCUUAGCAUACUGCGUGGCACAUAGAGAACAUUCAAUACAUGGGAACUGUUACCAGGCUGUUAGUAGCUGUGGAGAAAAUAUGUUUUUAUGAUAUAUGAGAGCAGUGGCGCAAAAUCACUGAUCCAACUAUCUUGACUUUUUUCUGACCCUAGGAGAAGGGAGAGUAGGCCUUUCCUUUAUCAGGCCAGAGAUGCCUCUCUUUGGGAAUAUAUUCAGUCCAAAGAAGACACCUCCUCGGAAAUCUGCUUCCCUCUCCAACCUACGUUCCUUGGAUCGUUCAACCCGGGAGGUGGAGCUGGGCCUCGACUAUGGAACCCCCACUAUGAACCUGACGGGGCAAAGCCUGAAGUUUGAAAAUGGCCAUUGGAUAACAGAGACAGGGAUCAGUGCGGGUGUGGACCGGAGGGAGGCUCAGCGCCUCCGCAGGCGGAACCAGCAGUUGGAGGAAGAGAACAAUCUCUUGCGGCUGAAAGUGGACAUCCUCCUGGACAUGCUCUCUGAGACCACUGCUGAAUCCCACUUAAUGGAGAAAGAAUUGGAUGAAUUGAAGAGCAUCAGCCGAAGGAGGAAAUGAAGACCCAGAGACAUGUGUCAGGAGACCGGGGAGAAUCCCACUGACCAGGGGAGAGGGUGUGGCUGAGUAGUUUGUUUUUUUAGCCAAACCAAUGGGUUUGGUCCUGGAUGAGAGCAUGAGCAGGCACUGGCACUCCUGGGCUGGCAGAAGGAAGGUGGUGCAUGGAGGAAGCCAAGAUGCCAGGCCAGGGCAGAUGCUGGGAAGGCCCACCAGGCACACUGCCUAGGGAUGCCACACCACAAGCAGACCCGGGGAGCUCUGAGGGCAGGACAAGCCUUUGGGUGCCCUCCACACGUGAGCGUACAGCUACCUGCAUCCCAGUCAUUCUGUUGGACAGACACUUUGGGGAGCAGCAGCUGGAUUUCAACAUCUCAUCCCCUUAUACUCACCAGUUUCAACCCGAUAUCCAGGGGCCUGGGAUGAGCAGCUCACUUGGUUCUCUGGCCUGCAGGCCACCUGCCUUCAAAGAACGCUCAUUCCCCAACCCAUGGUCUCCUCUGGCUUCAGCUUCCCAGCAUCAAGAGCUAGUCCUCAUGGCAACACUAUUUUUGUGCUAUCUUCCUGUCUACACUACUUCUUUUUAUUAAAUAGUGUUAAAUAAUGUCUCUGUGGCCAAAAUGACUGAAAAAAGCAGCCUCUGUUCCGCAAGAAGUA